GUUUAAGUUGUUUCUGUGUUAACAAAAAUGGAGAGAAAUAUAGAGGAACUCAAGUGAAUAGGAACGAGAAGUUGUCCAUAAAUCAACAAUGCAAUUGUGUCCGAGAAAUGGAGUUAAUAAGAGAUAUUGACGAAGAGAAAUGGGACCAAAUGACUGAACUGUUCGCGCAAUACCGGUGCGAAAGAAAUGGCAAUUAUCUGACACUUCAGUGCACAGAAGCUGAAUGUUAUUGUGUGGAUUCGAUCUAUGGUAAUCUGGCCGAUGGUUCUUCAUCAAAACUCAAGACUGACCCUAAAGGCAUCAGCGAAUUACCAUGCUUUAAAGAGUACGCCAACAAAUUUGGCGACAUGGACUAUUUAUGGCAAACAUACCCCGAUGUGCUUUCUUAUAUUUCAGACAUUCCUAAAGCAUAAUUACUAAUUAUUAAUUAGCAUAUUGUUGAAUGUUUAUUAUUUUACUUUUACUUACAAC